GUCAGCUGUUCACAAAUUUCGUGUGAAAAUUGAAAAACAGAAUUAUAAACAGCUUUGAUAAUAAAUAGCUGAUAGUAUUGACCGUGAAUCUUGUUAUUAUCAGUUCCUAACUCCGAACAGUUGUAGAUACCGCGAGAGGGCAACUAUUAUGUCAACGGCCAGCGAACAAGAAAUCGAUAUUAUGUAUGGGCUAAAAACAGUUUUGACGAAUAUCGAAAAUGCUGUGGCUAGAAGAAGCAAGGAACUGCCACAAAUCACACCAAGACUCAUAGCAGUAUCCAAAAUCAAACCACCAAAACUCAUCAUUGAAGCCUAUGAAGCCGGACAAAGAGAUUUCGGUGAAAACUAUGUUAAUGAACUAGCCGAGAAGUCAAAUGAUCCAGAAAUACUAGAGAAAUGCAAGGACAUUAGAUGGCAUUUCAUAGGCCACGCACAAACAAAUAAAGUAAAUAAGUUAUUAGGAGUUCCUAACCUGUUCAUGGUACAAACGAUUCAUUCUGAUAAAAUUGCAGACACUUUGAAUAAGCAGUGGGUGAAAUAUAGAAAGGAGAAUGAAAAGUUGAAGGUGUUUGUACAAGUUAACACAAGUUUGGAAGAAGCUAAGAAUGGUGUUGAGCCUCCAGAAACAACAAAACUCGUAGAACAUGUCCUAAAGAACUGUCCAGAAUUGGACUUCAAAGGGUUAAUGACGAUUGGCCAGUACGACUAUGAUACCUCCAAGGGCCCUAACCCAGACUUUUUGACCCUGGCCAAAUGUAGACAGGAAGUAUGUGAGAAGCUAAACUUGGAUAUAAACAAAGUCGAAUUAUCUAUGGGAAUGUCUACUGAUUAUGAACAUGCGAUUGAACUAGGAGCUACAACAGUGAGAGUGGGAUCUGUUAUAUUUGGAGCAAGACCACCAAAGAAACAGUAAUU